GAUCCGAUAUUGCCACCCGGGCCUAGGGGCGAGUGCUGAACAGUACAAAAUAACGAAGAUCGCGGUCCGUGGUCCAAACCAGCGGCAAGCAUCAUCCUGUCCACCUUAGAGCCACAAACUUAGAGCCAAGGAGCCAAAAUGUCGGGUGAUGUGCAGCCGCGAAAGCGAAAGGAUAAGCGCAGAAAACGAGAUGACGACGAAUCGUCCCACGGCGUUCACAUUACAAAGAUGGGAAACGAUGACGUCCAUCUGCACGUGCACCACGAUCAUGGCACUGGCGGCCACUGGUGUGCCAAAAUCAUAUUCUUCUCGUUGAUGGCUGCGCUCUUGGGUCUGGUGGCCCUGAUUAUCAUGGAGAAUCGAGGGCUGGAAGAUCUGGAUACUCCCUUGUCGGAAUCUCGAUUUUCCAACUACUUCGAUGGCUGGGUGGAUGAGCAUAGAGCGGAACACGAGGCCCACGAUGUUCAGGAGCCAUCCGGAGAAGCUCUAGACGAUCAUGACGAACACGAUGAGCUUGAGGAUCACGAAGAAGAUGAGCACGAGGAAGAGGAAGAGCCCCUCUCUGCCGAGUUAGAGGAAGAUGAGGCCACUCCUGAGGAAGACGAGGAGGAAGUGGAUCAGGAAGAUGAGGAACCAGAGGAGGAUGAGGAGGAGGAAGAGGGAGAAGAGGAAAAUAAUGCCGGCGAAAAUAUAACAGCCGAAGAUGAUGUGGAGGAUGAUGAAGCUGAUGAGGAGGACGAAGAGGAGGAGGAGGAGGUGGAACCCACUGUGGAGACCACCACCGAAGCCACUGCCGAGUAUGAAGAAGACGAAGACAAUGUAGACGAAGGCGAUGCUGAUGAUGAAGAAGCUCCGGAGUCUCAAGAAGCACCUCCAUCGAAAGCUCCUGAAGAAGAAGAUGAUGACCAACCUGAGGAAGAAGAGGAGGUAGAGAAAUCUGUGGAACCCGCUGCAGCAGCGGACGAUGAUGAGAAUAACGACGACAACGACGAAGAUAAUGAUGAUGACGAUUUUGAGUCUCUUGAUCAGGAUGUUCAAGAUGAACCAGAGAAAGUAGUCAGCCAGAAACUGGAUCAAGAUGAUAAGGACAACAAUGAGGAGAAAGAUCCCCAAGAAGAAGGAUCUUCCUGGUUGGCAUCACUUGCCGUCAAGUUUGGCGUUGGCGUAGCACUUGCCUUAGUUUCACGCCUUGUAUUGAUACGGAAAAGUCCUAAUACAACCGACGACCCGCCCGCCCCGGAGGCCGUGAUGCGGCGCAGACUGACGAUCGCCUCGGCCGAGGAUCACAUACCGGAUGACGUGGAGGAGCUGCCCCUGUUGGACGAUGAAUAUUCCGAGGAGGAAAUCGUUAUCGAGGAGGAGAUCGAGGUGGAGAUCAGCGACAUUGAAGAGAACGAGGAGCCAGCCAACGACAGCGACGAUAACGUGGCCUCCAUGGCCAGCUAUGUGCCCGAGACCUUUGAGCAACUGAGCGCCAUGUACAAGGGCAAGCAGGAACCUCCCAAGGAUGAGCCGGUGGAGCAGAGAGUGGAGCCUCAGCCAGCCGGGUCGAGCGAUAUAUAUGUGGAGUAUGAGGAUGGGGAUAUGGAAAAUUAUGAACACGAUGACAGCGAGGAUGACGCCGAGAUCACAGACGAGGAGGACGAGAUAUCCGACGUGGACGACAGUGAUCUGAUGAGCCGGCUGGAUGCCAAGUACGGUCGCCUGCCCUCAAAGGAGUACGAGAGCGACCCCGACUCGGACGAUCCCAGCUGGACACAGAUCAAGCCCAAAGAAGCUCCUGUCGAGAACAACGAACUAUUCGAGCAGGAGCUGCGCAAGGCCAACGAGGAGAUGAUCCGAGAGAACUACGCCCAAGCCCUGCGUUCCUUUAACAUGCUCACCCUCCGCUACGCCGACGAGCCACUGGCCCACCUGGGCAAAGCCAAGGUCCUGGCGCAUCUGGCCGAGCUACAGCAAAGCAACCAGCGUCUAUGGGAAGCCAUCGAUGCCUACAAGCGGUACCUGGCCUUUGAGGAUCUGAUUGUCAGUGAUGCGGAGUUUAUAGCUGCUGGCGAGAGCUGCAUUAAGCAUUUGAGAUUCUUGGGUAACCACCACCAGGCCGUUAACAUCCACGAGAUCCUCAUCGAGCGUUUGCCUAGAAAUCCCCAUUUGCGCAACCAACUAUCGCUAACCUAUCUCAUGGCCAACAACAUUCGCCAGGUGGAGAAGGUCUCAUUCAAUACCCUUAAGAUCGCGCCGGAUGAUCCAAUGGCCCAGCUUCACUAUGGUCUGGUUCUCAAGCAACUGCAUGGAGACUAUCCCCAGGCGCUGCCAUUUCUCAAGUACGCCGUGGAAUCCGAGGCGGAAGGCACCCAGGAGGCUUUUUUUUACUUGGCGCUCGGGGAAACCUUGCAACGCUUGUCCCGGCAGUCCGAGGCCAUUCAAGUCUUCUCCAAAGGAGUGGCCAAAGGCUUCUUCACCAGUCAGUAUCAGAGAUCACUGUACAACGUGCCCGGCUUGAAGGCCCAACCAUUUUGGGCGCCAGAGGAGACCGGCUAUCAGCGGCACUUGGAGAAGUUGCAGUUUCAUUGGCGCACCAUUAGGGAUGAGGCAUUGGAAGUCAUGGGCAAAACAGGGCUUUUCGCGGACGAAACGGAGCUGUUGCGGGACAAAGGUGUCUGGCAGCAGUUUGAGUUGUUCUCCCAGGGACUCCGAAUGGGAGCCAAUUGCCAGAAAACCCCCAAAACUUGUGCUUUAGUGCAGCAGUUCCCCGAGUCGAGUGGAUGUCGACGGGGUCAGGUGAAGUUCAGUGUGAUGAAGGCCAAUACGCAUGUGUGGCCACAUUGCGGACCCACCAACUGCCGUCUAAGGGCUCACCUCACGCUAGUUGCUCCAGAGCCGGAGAAAACUGUGCUCCGUGUAGCAGAGCAGGAAAGGACCUGGCGCGAAGGCGAGCUCUUCAUCUUCGACGAUAGCUUCGAGCACGAAGUCUGGCACAAUGGCUCGUUGCCCCGUUUGGUGUUAAUCUUGGAUAUGUGGCAUCCGGAGCUGAGCGCUCACCAGCGCCGCAGUCUGCCGGCAAUUUAAAGUAUCCGGUUCCUAAGCCUGUUAUUUAGAGCAAUUUCCCACCCACAUCUAUAUCGUUCAUUGAAUCGCCAUUACUAUGUUAGAUUCGUGUUUAUAUGUAUAUUAUUGCAACCAUACCUCUUAAUGGAUAAGCUCGACUUGAAUGCGUGUUUAGGCUAAGACACUCUAUUAUAGUACGUUAAGCUUUGGUGGGCGCGUCUGUACUCUAAAUACACAAUUAACAACCUUUAGGUUUU